AUGCUUUCUCACCCGUUUCUCUCCUCACACAAUAACCAAUCCGACAAAAUCAAAUCAGCAAAGGUCCUGGCGCACAGCAAUUUGAUUGCAGUCAGCAAGCUUCAAGUUGACUGGGAUGAGGCAAUUGUCUCGGUUCUCCAGAGAACUGCACCACAGAGAGAUGAUGAUGUGCUUUGGGAGCAGCAAAUUUCCAAGAUUACUGGGUCCCUGCGAUUUGGAUUUCUCUCAUCCAUACCUGGCGACAUUCACAAUGGGCUUCUGUCCCACUUCAUUGAGGAAACGGAUUUGCACAUUGAGGCCGAGAAUCUUAAUCGUAAUGAUGGUGCUGAACGUAACCCGGAGGAUGAUUCUGAUGCCGAAGGUGAGACAGACAAUGAGGAUGACCAGUUUGACAUGAUUGCAGCUCUACAGAUUGAAGUGAAUCUACUUGAAAACCUCACUCAGGCGUCCAAUGUAGGAUAA